CCGCACGGCAGUCGCGAGGCACACACGCGCGACCCUCGCUCUCGCGCACCGAUCUACACUAGUGCUCGUGUUCCCGACAGUGUCGCCGCGAUGACCCCCGCGGCGGCCAUCGCGCUGCUGCUCCUCGGCGGCGCAUGCGCACAGGUGCGCUACUAUGGCAAGGAGCUGGGCGCGCUGUCGCAGCUGCAGCAUGGCGUGCGCGGCCGCGUGUUCGCGGUGGACUCGCGCACGCUCUACGUCAAGGACUUGCACUACGACGGCGAGGGCCCCGCGGCGUACUUCUACGUGGGUACGAGCGGGUCCCCGAGCGCGGGCGUGGCGGGCGCGGUGCGGCUGCGGGACGAGCGCGGCGGCGCCGGGCCCCUGCGCCGCUACCACGGGGACAGCAUCACGCUGUCGCUGCCCGACGGCAAGACGCUGCGCGACUACCGCUGGUUCGCCGUCUACUGCGACGAGUAUGCGGUGAACUUCGGAGACGUGAGGAUCCCAGCGGACAUGGAGUACCCGCGGCCUGCCAAGGUGGCGCCGCUGCGGGGCGUGCACGGAGUAUCCUCGGACCCGGUGGUGGUGGUGGAUGCUCAGACGUUGCUCGUGCCUAACUUCUCAUACGACGGCGAGGCGCCCGAUGCCAAGUUCUGGGUGGGUCGCGGCGACAAGCCGUCCCCGCAGGGCAUCCGCAUCCCCGACGAGAACGGCAAGGAGGCGCCACUGCGCAAGUACGACAAGAAGACCAUCGUGCUCACACUGCCCGGGGAGCUGACGGUGUUCGACAUCGGGCACUUCGCGGUGUGGUGCGAGGCCUUCACCGUCAACUUCGGGCACGUGUCGCUGCCCCGCGCCGCGCUCGCCAACGUGCCGCCCAGCCUCAAGAUGCUCGGCGUGUCCCCGCAGUCGAAGCUAAACUGUGAAGUUCUAUACGACGAGCUCGCGUUCGAGGUGCGCUGGGCGGUGGCGGGCGACAGCAUCGUGCUGCAGCUGGUCGCGAAGCUCGAGGACGGCGAGUACAUGGCGUUUGGCGUGUCGGGCGACAACCAGAAGACGCAGAUGGUGGGCGGCGACCCGACCGUGGCCUGGGUGGACAAGCGCACGCUGAAGGGCUACGCCGAGGACUACUACCUGGACGCCAAGAGUCAGUGCGCCGGCGUGCGCGGCUCCUGUCCCGACGAAAGGCUCGUUGACAACACGAACUCCAUCCGCUUGCUGAACGCGGCGCUGGUGAACGGGUACUCCAUCGUGACGUACCAGCGCUCGCUGAAGGCGGCGGACGAGCUGGACCGCGCCGUGCUCACCAACGGCAGCCAGGCCAUCAUCUGGGCCAUCGGACCGCUCAACUCCAGGAACGAGGUCUCCUACCACCCGCACUUCACCAAGGGCGACAAGCUGAUAGAGUUCGGUCGCGCGCCGGUGUGGAACUGCCCGAUGCCGGAGGAAGGCGAGGAGCACAGCCCCCCGCAGCCCGCGCAGCCAGCCUCGCAACCUGUGCAGGUGAUAAAGUCGAACCCGGUGCCACCCCCGAAGCCCGUCCCUAAGGCUGUGCCGUGGGAGAUCCCCGCCAUCCAGUGCUACGAGCCUCCAGACGGCGUGUUCUACGCGCAGAUGGGCCCCACCGGCGGCAAGCAAGGAUACUCCGCCAUCACCGGUCACGUGGGCUGGGGCAUAUCGUGGUACAUCAACGGGUUGCUGAUUCCCGAGAUCAACGUGGUCCGCGGCCGCAAGUACACGUUCGUGGUGGAGGGAGGUUCGAACCCAGACGUGCCGGCCAGGUACCACCCGUUCUACAUCACUAACGACCCCGUCGGCGGCUACUUCCACAAGACAGACAAGGAAAAGGAGGGCAUCGAGAUAUACGCAGGGGUGCGGCGCACGCGCACUGGCGAGCUGAUGCCGACGGGCGUGGGCCGCCUGUGCAACUGGACCCCAGACAACGCGGGCCCCGAGGCAGAUGAGUUCCCCAGCUUCGGAGCCUACCAGCGGUCCCUCACUCUGGUCUGCGAGGAGGGCAACCCUGGUGUCGUCACCUGGAUCCCUGACAGGAACACCCCCAACACUGUCUACUACCAGUGUUUCACGCACCGCCACCUUGGCUGGAAGAUUAACGUGGUGGACGAGUGCGAGGCGCACGAGGCCGACGAGAGUCGCGUCGUGGAGCACGCCGUGCUGCCCGACGACCUCCACGGCGAGGAGUCCGUGCAGGUACCCACCCGUCUCACUCCUGAACCUAACUUUUUAGAUGAUCGCAGAAAGCUUCAGAAAAUUAUCAAUACGAAACCGAAUUAUGACGAUUUCAGUAGAUAUAAAAGCGACGGCGGACUCACAGGAGAAGUGUAUCCAGAGACAGAUAAAACGCCGUUCAAAAAAAGACAGGAGUAUUCUGAAUUGCCAAUAUCCAAAGUACAAAUAAAGGAAGUGAUACAAGCUGUGGAAACUCUGGAGAACAAGAUGAAGGAUGACCUGAAGACAAAUGCAACACGCUCGCAGUACCAGGUGCACGAGGAUGCGCAGGAGCAGCCCUUCGUGGCGGAGCAGCCCUACAGGGAGGACGACGAGUACUUCUUCGAGGCCGGCAAGAUGCCCAACAACUACUUCCUACCAGCCAACAAUCAAAAGCCCCUAACCCUGCAGACAGUACUAAGGCCGACACCACAAAAGCCAAACCGACCUCCUUUCCGUCGCCCAGUGCCACCCGAGAUCAAACUUCGCCGUCCUCCCUAUCAGAAGGGCAAUAUAGGCUAUCCACUCUCAUUGCCUAAUCACCAUGGCGCGUAUGGACCACUCAAGAAGCUGCCUCCUAAGUUUAAUCAGAAUCGUUUACCAACAAACAUGAACCGACCUCCUCCCAUGCCUGGAGCGACUCCUAUGAAACCAGUGCCUCAACAACAUCAAAAUAAACCUAACUACAACACAUUGGGGCCCAAACAAAAUCCUGGGCCUCCAAUGUUUUCAAAAAUACCGAAUGGUCCGGUGCAGUCUAUAGUAAUGGGCAAACCUACCGUUAAUAAUGUUCAGCUACCGCCGAUGCAAAGUCAGACGUUGAAUUUAGGCCAAACUGAUAUAAUCGCUAACCAAGUGGUCAAAAGUCAAAUAAUGCUACCACCGGGGGGUAACGAUGCGAUAGCUCAGCACAGUAACGUACAGCCGUAUUUAAACAAACCUGGACAGAUAAUACUUGGGAAACCCAUGGACAAUCCGAUGCCUCUAGAUCAGCAAAUGAUUCCAACCAAACAACAAGGUAUGAGGUCGCCGUCAACAACUGCCCCAGUACUUUAUCAGUCCACACCACCAAGUUCUCACUCAAAAAGGCAGGAAAAUCCGCCGCAAUCACAUAAUGAAAUUCAGUCAUCCGAUUUUAUAGGCGAGUCUGCUGACCAGUCGACCAUUCCACCCGCGGUGAACACAGGGUUUAAGCCAGAUUCUAUUGUAGUUGAGAGCGGAUUCAAACCUAUUAUUAGAGAACCACUAAUGGCUGGUGAAGACAGAAUAGCUGGUUUUGAAGAAAAUACAAACCGGCGCGAGGACACUGAUGUCGACGAAGACUACGAAGAAGCGCCGCAAUCUAUACAAUCAAGCAAUCACCAGUACCCUCCUAGUGAUAAAGUUACUGAAACCUUCGAGCCUAUGUUCAUCCCGUCACCCCCUGAUCAUUUGCUGCCCAGUAGCGAUAGAACAAAAGAGGUAUUUCCAGCUAAUCAUGCCAAAGAAGAUAGGCCACAUCCGGUGUAUUUAAAAAAUGUCACUCAGUUAGAAGAUUUAUUUAGCAAGAAAAACGUUGAGAGGGAGGUUCCCAGUGAUUUAAUGAUGGACUCGGACAGAAUAAGCCCUCACUAUCUACCUCCCGAUCCAAAAUUUCCCAAAGAGCAUUCGCAGAAACUUUCUUCAUCGAAUGAUCAAACGUUCACUACUUAUGAUGGUAAAACAGUAUCAGCCGCUACACUGACCACAUUAACGAAUGUCUCCGAAGGUCCCAAAGCCCCACCUAAAUUAUUUUCAGCUAAGUUACCUGCUAACUAUCAGCAACUUUUAAAAAAGCCACAGUUUGGUCCCUUCAGGGGGGAAAUUCCACCUCCGGUAGAAGAAGCCCAGAAAUCGAUGCCAGCUGACGCGGUUAACACGAAGACGACUCUCCUAAAACUGGUCAACAACGAAAAACAUGCGCACGACCUAAACGCCCAAGGUAGUAAAAAAGUGGAAGUAACUGAAAAAUUACCACAAUUCGAAGAUAUCUUUGAGCAAGAAUAUGAAGAAAAUGAAGACGAAGCUGAUGAAGACCGAAAGUUACGAGAGCGAAGAGACACAAAAACCACGCAGUUUGAGAUGGGACACAUAGAAGAAGUUCAAACCAAUGGGCACAGUAUGCCCAAGAACCAAGUCGAGUUCGAGAACGAGACGCAUGCGACCGCGGCCGCGCCCGCAAAGCGGCUCUACUGGAUGACGCACGUGUUGUGGCUGAUAGUAUGUCUGAAGCUCGUGUAGCUUACGCCUGUAGGUUAUUAAUUAAUUAUUUAUUGGAUAAUUUUAGGGCUUGCCAUGAAAUGCAUUUCGUGUUUGAGAUAACGUAUGUAUAGUAUGGGGCUUGGCUGUGGGACGCUCGUGCUGUCUUCGCUCUUGGCGCUCGGCCUCUCAUCUUCAAUGGUUAUAUAACUACACCUGUUACCACUUUGUUACACGCAUAAUGCAAUUCAAUACUCCCG